AUGGAAAACCUCACCUCUGGGAGCUCCUUCCUCCUCAUGGGCUUCUCUAACAUCUGGGAGCUCCAGAUCCUGCAUGCUGCACUCUUUCUGAUGGCUUACCUGGCCGCCCUCCUUGGGAACCUCCUCAUCAUCACCCUCAUCACCAAGGACCAUGGGCUGCACACCCCCAUGUACUUCUUCCUAAAGAACUUGUCCUUCCUGGAUCUGUGCCUCAUCUCCAUCACUGUUCCCAAAUCCAUCACAAACUCUCUGACAAAUUGCAACACCAUUUCAUUCCCUGGGUGUGUUUCCCAGGUAUUUUUCUUCUUCCUCUUUGCCACAACGGAAGUAGCCCUACUCACAGUCAUGUCCUAUGACCGCUACGUGGCCAUCUGUCACCCGCUCAGGUAUGAGAUCCUCAUGAGCCAUGGAGCUUGUAUGCAGAUGGCAGCCUACUCCUGGGUCAGUGGAGGUGUCAAUGCAAUCCUGCACACAGCGGCUACCUUCUCCGUACCCAGGUGUAGGUCUCCUGAUGUUCACCAGUUCUUCUGUGACGUCCCACAGCUGCUGGCCCUGGCCUGCUCCUACAACAUUGGGGAGCUAACGGUCAUUGGACUGAGCCUGCUGUUGGACUUUGGCUGCUUUGUGUUCAUGGAUAUUUCUUACAUUCACAUCUUCUCCGCUGUGCUGAAGAUGCCCUCUAGCGCAGGUAGGUUCAAAGCCUUCUCCACGUGCCUGCCUCACCUCCUUGUGGUGACUCUAUUCCUCUCUUCUGGCUUUUUUGCCUAUUUACGGCCCCUGCCGCAAUCUCCAUCAACCCUGGACUUGCUAGUUUCAGUAUUCUAUACUGUAGUGCCACCCACUGUGAACCCCCUCAUCUACAGUCUGAGGAACAAGGAUAUGAAGGUGGCGCUGAGGAAGCUGCUGGUGAACAGGCAUCCUCCUUCCAGUUAG